GUCAAACAUGUCAACUCUCCGUAUCACUCCAUUUUUGUUAUGUCAGUAAAUUGGGUCCGUGUUUCGUUUUGAUUUCGAAAUCGGGGGCGAACGCGUCGUUCCACGCGUUCUCGAAAAAAUGUCCAACACGCAGCAGAAAAUCGACGCGCUGUUCGAACGCCUGCCCGCCAGUCCGCCGACGAACCACCGGGGGAGCAGGCCCGCCCUCCAACUCGGCCUAAACAGCAGCCCGACGAUGCAGAGGCCGCAGCACUUGACCUUCGCUACUAGACGCAACGAAAACUUGGAAACGGAGCGGCGGCUUAAGGAGAUUAUGCAAAUCAGCGGACAUUUAACGAUAGACGGCGUCCUAUACAAGACGGACAUCAAAGAUAUGGAGCACAUGGAGGAAUUGGGCAGCGGCACUUGCGGGCACGUUGUCAAAAUGAGGCACAGGCCGAGCGGGAAAACAAUUGCUGUCAAGCAAAUGAGACGCUCCGGUAACAACGACGAGAGCAAGCGCAUCAUCAUGGACAUCGAGGUGGUGGUAAAGUCGCAUUGCAAGUACAUCGUCAAGUGUUUGGGGUGUUUCAUAACCGAAGCGGAGGUGUGGAUCUGCAUGGAGCUGAUGGACACGUGCUUCGACAAGCUGCUCAAGCGGAUCAAGCGGCCGGUGCCCGAGAAAGUCCUCGGCAAAGUGUGCGUCGCGACGGUGGAGGCGCUGUCGUACUUGAAGGACCAGCACAACGUCAUCCAUCGGGACGUUAAGCCGUCGAACAUACUGCUCGACGCCCGUGGUAACGUGAAACUGUGCGACUUCGGCAUCAGCGGGCGUCUCGUCGACUCCAUGGCGAAGUCCAGGAGCGCCGGAUGCGCGGCCUACAUGGCGCCCGAACGUAUCGAGCCUGACCCCCGUAAUCCCGACUAUGACGUCCGCGCGGACGUGUGGUCUCUAGGAAUCACUCUCGUCGAGCUAGCGACGGGGGCAUUCCCCUACCCCGGUUGCAAGACCGACUUCGAGGUGCUGACGAAGGUGAUAGGCACCGACCCACCGUCACUGCCCAAGGACAAGCAUUUUUCCCCGGAGUUCCGCGACUUCGUCGCGUGCUGCCUCACCAAGGACAAGGAACGACGUCCCAAGUACGCGAAGCUCAAGAGCCACGCCUUCGUCAAGCGGAGCGAGACCGCCCCCGUGGACGUCGGCGAGUGGUACGAACGAACUACCGCAGCGACGGAGGACGCGCCCGCCUCUAACGCCGCCGCCUCCCCUACGCCCCGACUCGCCCAACCGCUCGAGUCCGGUCGCCUUCCGGUAAACAGUUUGGGCGGCGACGCGUUCCGGCAACGCGCGACUCCGCCCCCGGCCGUCAAUGGUGGUGGCGACGGCUUCGCGCGGAAAGGAGGCGACGCGCAGGCGCGCGCUUCCCGCCUCGACGCGUUUCACGCGGCCGCCCAGCAGCAACAGCAGGAAGCAGGCAAACCGUCCGGCAGGGGCGGCGGCUUCUCUCUGCUGCAGGCGUACGAGAACCACAUCGCCUCCCUGCGACGUAAAGACGAGGCCGUCGCCUCUCGGGGGUACCCCGCGGCGAUAUGCUCUCCUCUACCCCGACGCAAGUUCGCCACCGACGUUUCGGUUCCUCCCGUGCAGUUAAAGGCGCGCGCGUCGAGCGAAACGAGGUGGACCUCCGAGUACGGGUCUCCGUUGCCGCUGCGCAGCAGCCACUUCCAGACGGAGGAACCCGCGUCGUACUGCGGCAACACGAGCCCCGUCAUCCUGCAACGCUUCUACCAUCAGCGCAAGCAGCAGCAACUACUGAAAGAGGCGGAGGAGGAGCGAGCAAAGACUGACGUCGGUAAGAAACGGUUCGCCUCGUAUAUCAAAAUGCAGCUGACUGGUGGCGACCGCAGCGGGAGAUCGUCGCGGCACCAAAGUCCGGAACCACCGCCCCGGCUGAGCAGAGGCGGCGACGGUCAGAGUCCUCUGGCGUUACGACGGGCGUUCCUUGAAAGUCACGCCCCCAACUCGCCCAGUCUUUCGCGCAGAUACGUGUCGCCGUCGCCUCCGGUGCCGCCGCCCAGGUGUCUGUCGCAGAGCUGUUCGGUGCCUGGUUCACCGCAACACCUGCGCGCCAGAUUCCGUUACACGCCCGAACCUCAGCGUCGGUUCGUCCACGACAACGACUCGUAGCGACGUGCCUAGUCAGGGGCGGGCUUCUCUUAAGGGGGGGAGGGGGGUCGUUUCAACUACCGCUGUUUAGCUUCGUAUCCGCGUUCGAAACUCCAAAUUGGCGGUUCAAAACCGCAUAUACCAACUAGCCGUACGGUACGUUUGAACUACCGGUGGCUUUAAUGCUCCGCACUCGAUGUCUGAAACUUCGAAGGCUUGCUCCAUCGGGGGCGUUUCUCUUUUAAUUCUUCGCUCGAGGCUAUAAGUUAGAGAUUUAAAGCGACACAUCUGAACUGAGGUACGUUUGAACUACCCGUGGUUUUACUUUCUGUGUUCGACGUCUUAAACCUUCGAAGCGGCGAUUUUGUUCGACUUCCGUUGCGCCCAAAACUAACCGACGGUGACCUUCGAACUACUAGGCGUCGUGCAACCCCGGUUAUUCUUGGAUUUACCGCGGUCUUUCGAGCGUUUUCUCCGUCAACUAUUCGUUCGAGCGGGAAUCUUGGCACGUUUGGCAAGUACGUUUGAACUACCCGUGUUUUGACCGUUUGAAGCUGCGAUUUUCUUCGACGUCCAAAGUAAACGUUGGAACUACCGGUAACUUACCGUCUCUUUGACCUGAUUGGACGCGGCGUCGUCGCACGAUCGCCGUUUUCCUUGAAGCGCAUUUAAUCUACCGGUAGGCAGUGUUCAAGUUAUCUCAAACUUUUGAACUACCGCCAUCGCGCAAUCCCGUUUGCGGUUUAAAACGCGCACGCAAACUAUCGUCAACCGAGGUUCGUUUGAACUACCCGCAUUUUUACCCUCUGCUCUCGUUAUCUCGAGCAUUAGAAGCCGCGAUUUUCUUGUACCUUUGAACUAUCGGCAAUUUACCGUCUCUUUAUCUUAUCGGGCCAUUUUUCUCGAGACGCAUUUGAUCUACCGGCAGUUUUCACCUUUGAGGCUGCGAUUUUCUUCGACGGGGGUGUUUGAACUACCGGUGCACCUUCGAAGCGACAAAAUUUAGCCGAUUUUCAUGGCGUUUACUACUAGUCUCGCGAGUGAUUCGCGAAUUUUUCGUUUUAGUUUGUCGUCGUAUUCGGGGGCGGUUCCGUACCGCCUUCGCCGCCGUACGACUACAUUUGCUCCGCGGUGUUCGCUCUUGUAAGAUAAAAAAUUUCGUUUCGGGAGCGGUUCGAAAAUCGUCCCGCCCCCGAAACUGUUUAAUCGAGUGAUUUUUACUUACGCAUUGAUUUGUAUAUUAUAUAUAGAUGCCAUACCUGAGAUAUUAUGUAUAAAACGAUAAGAUUUUAUUAUGUAAAUGAAUAUAAC